AUGCGUCUUUCCACAAUUGCUGCUACUGCCCUCUGCCUCAGCUACAACGCAGUGGCUAUCCAUCUUCCAGAGCGGGAGGCGCUGCCAGUAUUGAGCGAGAAACCUCACAGCAGUGACAGUCUCGACAAACGUCUUACCAUCGAAGAACAGGUAGCCAUCCUCGGUGCAGGCUCCAUGGUGGCGCUCAACGUAAAUGCAAUUGCCACGUACGUUUCCAACUUGAUGAAGGCGCAGAGCGAAGCCAACACCUGUGGCGUGAUAUCUGGCACAGUCGACGGUGUCAACUAUCAGUACCAUGCGGCAACAACAGGCAAGAACUGCGACACUACAGCUGAGACCAAGACGAUGAAUGAUGCCGUCGCUCGGGCAUUGGAGUUUAUGCAAAUUCACAAUAUCAAUCAAGCCUGCUUCAAUAUGCAGCAUGGCGGCACGUGGAGAGGAUUACUACAAUUGGCAAGUGGUGGUAGGACAAUCAUCAACGGCAAAUGCGACAGUGUGACAUACACAUUGACCGUGACAUAA